UAUGCUCUUCACAGUUCAUAAAAGGCUAAUGCCACGGGACUAUCCCUGCAAUUGCCACUAGAUGGCAUCCAAUUCACGACGAAGCCUCUUCCGAAUCCUGGCUCCUAGCAGCGCAUCCUUCCCCGAAGGAAACAACACAACCUAUUCGCAAGACUCAAAACGGAAUGUUUUGGAUGGCCAGGAUGCUACAAGGCAGCCGCCGAGCUGGGAUGGAGCUGGUCCCUUUAACCACUGCAUUUCCAUCCGUGGCUGGGAGUCGCCUCUUGAAUAGGAAACCAGCGCAGGAAAUGGCAUCUACCUGGCAGUGCUGAAGCUUGGAGAAGGAAAGGAGCGAGCGUUUGCUGUAGGAUUUUUUUGGGUUAAGGUGAAACCUGGGCGAAAACUGGCUGUGAUGAAGGAUCCUGUGAACAGAAGAGUCUCCGGGUCCAGGUGUCUCCCACCUGGUCAGCAACAGUGGAUUUAAUACUUGGAGAAGGGAGGGCUGCUGCGUUUGCUACAUCAACCUGCAUUCAAAAUGUGACUAAAACAUUGUAGGAAUCAACACCAUCUAGUUCUCUUUUCUGGGUCCACACCUAUUUCUUCUGAAGCAGACAGCAACAGAGGCAGAGCACCUGGGAGGGAACCGAAGAUUGGAUUCCCUUUAAUAUACCUGGAUUUAUUAUUAGGGCAAUUCUGUAUUCCUUUUCUAUACACAUGCUUAAAAAAAUAAUGCCUCCAGUCACGGGCUCUUUAUAUCAACAGUGAUUGGACUUGUUACAUGUCUGCUUUCCUUCCUUCCUUCCUUCCUUUUUUUUUUUAAAGUUUGAACAAUGAUUACAGUGAAUUCAGAUGGGAAAAUAAUGGUCAGAAGAUGUCUUGUCACCUUGAGGCCUUUUAGGAUAUUUGUGGUUGGGAUUGGAUUUUUCACACUCUGCUUCUUAAUGACAUCACUGGGAGGUCAGUUUUCAGCCAAAAGACUGGGGGACUCGCCAUUCACCAUCAGGACCGAAGUGAUGGGUGCUCUGGAGUCCAGAGGGGUGCUGCGGAAGAUGAGUGACAUGCUGGAGAUGAUGGUGAAGAGGAUGGAUGUGCUAGCCAGGCUGGAGAAUAGCACGGACUUCCGGAAAGGGGAGGAGACACAUUUCCCUAUGGACAGGUACCAUCCAGCAGUUGGCUUGAUGGAAAGAAUCCAGGCGAUUGCUCAGAACGUCUCGGACAUUGCAAUGAAGGUGGAUCAGAUUCUUCGCAACAGCCUCCUAAACGGAAAAUCGAUAGAAGGCAGGCGGGACCAGUGUGAGGUGCCCAGGGAUCCCAAGUACCCUGACUGCUCUGGGAAAGUGGAGUGGAUGAGAGCCAGGUGGACAUCAGACCCCUGCUAUGCAUUCUUCGGUGUGGACGGCACAGAGUGCUCGUUCCUCAUCUACCUCAGCGAAGUCGAGUGGUUUUGCCCCGUGCUGCCUUGGCGAAAUCAGACAGCGGCUGCAUCUUCCACCAUGCCACCACCCAGAGCGCAGGCGUCUUUUCAGAGAGACCUCUCCUACCUCCUGGAGUUGAUUGGCAGUGGCAAAGAGUCUUUGAUCUUCAUGAAGAAAAGGAUUCGGCAUUUGGCCACGCAGUGGUUGAGGGCUUCACAUAAACUGGAGCAGAAGCUAGAAGACAAAAAGAGAGAUCAGAAACAGAUUUUGAUCCACAUUGGCUUCUUGACAGAAGAAUCAGGAGAUGUUUUCAGCCCUCGCGUCUUAAAGGGAGGCCCCCUGGGGGAGAUGGUCCAAUGGGCAGAUAUUUUGGCAGUCCUUUUCAUCCUGGGCCAUAGCCUGAAAAUCACAGUUUCUUUGAAGGAGCUCCAGAGUAUCUUAGGAGUGCCUCCUGGCCGGGGUAAUUGUCCCUUGACAGUCCCUUUGCCCUUUGACCUCAUUUACACAGACUACCAUGGGCUACAGCAGAUGAAGCAGCACAUGGGCCUCUCCUUUAAGAAAUACAGGUGCCGUGUUCGAGUGAUUGACACUUUUGGGACUGAGCCUGCAUACAACCAUGAGGAAUAUGCCACACUGCAUGGGUACCGGACAAACUGGGGCUAUUGGAAUCUGAACCCAAAGCAGUUCAUGACAAUGUUUCCUCAUACGCCUGACAAUUCCUUCAUGGGUUUUGUGUCUGAGGAGCUCAAUGAAACAGAGAAGCAAUUCAUUAAAUCCAACAAGGCUAACAACAUGGCAGUGGUAUAUGGGAAAGAAGCCAGCAUUUGGAAGGGCAAAGAGAAGUUUCUAGCCAUCCUGAACAAGUACAUGGAGAUCCACGGCACUGUUUAUUACGAAACACAGCGCCCGCCUGAAGUCCCAGCUUUUGUGAAGAAUCAUGGUCUCUUGCCACAACAUGAGUUCCAGCAACUCCUGAGAAAAGCCAAGCUCUUCAUUGGGUUUGGUUUCCCCUAUGAGGGCCCCGCCCCCUUGGAAGCAAUAGCCAAUGGGUGUGUUUUCCUGCAGGCUCGUUUCAACCCACCCCACAGUUCACUCAAUCAUGAAUUCUUCAGAGGGAAGCCUACAUCGAGAGAGGUACCCUCCCAGCAUCCCUAUGCAGAGGAUUUUAUAGGGAAACCCCAUGUAUGGACAGUGGACUACAAUAAUUCAGAGGAAUUUGAAGCUGCUAUCAAAGUCAUUAUGAGGACCAAGGUUGAUCCUUACCUGCCCUAUGAAUACACUUCUGAAGGGAUGCUGGAGCGAAUUCAUGCCUACAUUCAGUACCAGGAUUUUUGUGCCACUGCUGCUAUGCCAGAGAAGUCCAGCAGCCACACUAUGCAAAGCUCUGCAAGCCCCUUCAGCCUGCAGCCCAAUUCCACAUACCUGGCCUGGUCUCACAAUUCCAGCAGCAGCCCCCCUGCCUGGCCUCCAGUCAACUCCAUGCAGGUGUGGAUAUCAGACGCUGGGCAGGCCUGCACCAGCACUUGUCAGCAGCAUGGUUUGGUCUGUGAGCCUGAGUUCUUCAAGUUCAUCAACAAGAAAGGAGUGUUUCAGCAGCUCAACAUUGUCUGUGACAGCACAGAGUCAGAGAUGAAUCACCUCUACCCAGCUGUGGCUGAAAAUGUCCAGGAGUGCUACCUCCAGAAGGAACCUCUCUUAUUCAGCUGUGCAGGAUGCAAUACCAAGUACCAGCGCCUCUGCCCCUGCCGCAAUUACCGCAAAGGACAAGUGGCACUGUGUGGGGACUGCUUGUGAUUCCACUGGGGCAUGUGUGCUGUAGCGUGCCACACAUGCAAACAAAUAACUUUCUUUUUUUUUCAUAAAAGGCUUCUGCAAUACUCAAGAAGGUUCCAGAUGGAAUCAUCUUCUUGGAGACUUUUUGGAUGUCAGUGAGAUUCCAUUGGUUGUUUUGUCUCCCAGUCAAGGGCCAAGGACCCGUUUCCAACAUUUCUUUACUUCUUAAAGCAUAUCUCCUCCUGCAUCCAAGACCACUGGAGACUUCAAAGCAGCUUAGAAGGGCCACAUUGAAAAUCCUUCUGAAGGACAACAAGGCAGCCUCUUUAGGAUUUCAUCUUCCUUAAACAUCUUGAUCUAUUUAUUUUUUAUUGGGAAAUUGAAAUUAAAGCAGGAAAAUCGACAAACAGCCCUUGA